AAUUCCUGGAGGGGAUUUGGGAGCAAAGAAGAAGAAAAAGAAGCAGAAGAGAAAAAAGGAGAAGCCAAAUUCUGGAGGCACCAAAUCAGAUUCUGCGUCUGACUCCCAAGAGAUUAAAAUUCAACAGCCUUCAAAAAAUCCAGCCAUUCCAAUGCAGAAGCUUCAAGACAUCCAGAGAGCAAUGGAGCUGCUCUCUGCAUGCCAAGGCCCAGCGAAGAAUAUUGAUGAGGCUACCAAACGUAAAUACCAGUUUUGGGAUACGCAACCUGUACCUAAACUCAAUGAAGUUAUAACUUCACAUGGUGCAAUUGAACCAGAUAAGGACAAUGUCCGCCUAGAGCCAUAUUCUUUGCCACAGGGUUUUAUGUGGGACACAUUGGAUCUUAGCAAUGCUGAAGUUCUGAAGGAGUUAUACACACUGUUAAAUGAAAAUUAUGUAGAAGAUGAUGAUAAUAUGUUUAGAUUUGAUUAUUCACCUGAAUUUCUCCUGUGGGCACUACGUCCUCCGGGCUGGUUGCCCCAAUGGCACUGUGGGGUUAGAGUGUCUUCAAAUAAAAAACUGGUAGGAUUCAUAAGUGCCAUCCCUGCAAGUAUUCGUAUUUAUGACAGUGUGAAGAAAAUGGUAGAAAUCAAUUUUCUGUGUGUCCAUAAGAAAUUGAGAUCUAAACGGGUAGCACCUGUACUGAUUCGGGAAAUAACCAGAAGAGUAAACCUGGAAGGAAUUUUUCAGGCUGUUUACACUGCUGGGGUGGUGCUCCCCAAACCUGUGGCCACUUGCAGGUAUUGGCAUAGAUCACUGAAUCCCAGAAAAUUGGUGGAGGUUAAAUUUUCACAUUUGAGUAGAAACAUGACUCUACAAAGAACAAUGAAGCUCUACAGACUUCCUGAUGCCACAAAGACUUCAGGCUUGAGACCAAUGGAACAAAGAGAUACUAAAGCAGUACAAGAAUUAAUCAAUACUUACUUGAAACAGUUUAAUCUUGCUCCUGUGAUGGAAGAAGAAGAGGUAGCCCACUGGUUCCUGCCUCGGGAUCAUAUUAUUGAUACUUAUGUAGUAGAGGGCUCAAGUGGUAUUUUAACAGACUUCCUGAGUUUUUACACGUUACCUUCAACAGUCAUGCACCAUCCUGUUCAUAAAAGUCUCAAAGCUGCCUAUUCCUUUUACAAUAUUCAUACAGAGACCCCCCUCUUGGACUUAAUGAAUGAUGCACUCAUUAUAGCUAAGUUG